AUUUCACACCGAACGGUCAUAGAAUGGGGACAAAUGUGGUCCAAUCGUGUAUAUUAGUGCUUAUCGCGAGUGUUGCCGUGUCGGCAAUCAGUCCACUUCGAGAGCGCACUUCGAUUAAUUUAAAUUCGACACACGUCUCGAAUCGUCGCGAAAUCGACCGGUCUUAUUUCCUCCCAACAGACACUGUUCCACUCAAAUACUUCAUCCAUUUGAUCACUGAUGUGCACAACAACAAUCGCACAUUCCAGGCGAUGGCCGAAAUCAACUUUGAGGUUGUGCAGCCCACGGUGAAUGUGACGAUGCACCUGCAGGAACUCGACAUUCAGUCGACCGAGUUGCUUGCAGUGCCGACCCAAUCAAACGAUUCGGAGCUGAUUGAUAAUCCGAGCUUCAUGAUCGACACACGCAUCGAACAUGUUGUUUUCAUCUGCCAACGCCAGCUCGAAGCAGGAAGGUACAUCCUCAGGGUGCACUAUUCCGGCACGAUGAGAAACUAUCAGAGCGGAUAUCUGAUAUCAUCCUACCGGGAUGAUAACGACGUGGUCAACUAUGUUGGGUCAACUCAUUUCCAAGCUACUCUUGCGCGUCGAGUGUUUCCGUGCUACGACGAACCGGAUCUGAAGGCCCCGAUCACAUUGUGGGUAGAGCACCACAAAAAUUACAGUGCUGUUGCGAACAUGCCAGUCGAAACCAUUCAGGAGUCGGAAGAUUACCGAAUCACUAAGUUCGUUCCGACGCCGAGGAUAUCGACCUAUCUGUUGGCAUUCGCGGUCACAAAUUUUAAGGUGAAAAUAAAUGGUAAAAAUGAGAUUUUAGCACGACCAAAUGUUGCUGAGGAAAUGGACUAUGCACUGGAGGUGGGCACAAAGAUGCUUCAUGCGUUGGGUAACCACACUGGUGUGUCGUACUUUGAAUAUAUGCCUAAGAUGACCCAAAUUGCCAUCCCCGAUCGAGGCAGCGGAGCGAUGGAAAACUGGGGUUUGGUUACCUACGGCGAACCGGCCCUAUUGUUCAACGCCAAGCUAAACGGCUAUCGGAGUCAGAAGCGGGUCACCACGAUUAUCGCGCACGAAUUCGCUCACCAAUGGUUUGGGAAUCUGGUUAGCCCCAAAUGGUGGGAUUAUAUUUGGUUGAACGAGGGUUUCGCGGCGCUUUAUGAAUACUAUGCGACUGCAUUGGCUUACCCCGAGCUGCGAUACUGGCAGCUGUUCAAGGUAGAGGUUCUGCAGCGAGCAUUGGGUCAGGACGCUAGUGAAAGUGUUCGCCCGAUGAACCACCCGGCAGCUUCACAGGAUGAAGUGUGGAGAUUGUUUGACGUGAUUGCCUACCAGAAGUCUGCAAGCGUCCUCAACAUGUUGCGUGAAGUGAUCGGUAUUGAUAAUUGGACGGAAGGUUUGAACCACUACUUCAAGAAUCGACAAUUAGAUAGCGCAACGCCAGACGAUCUUUACGCGGGUCUGGAGAGGGCGAUCGAGGGACGUAACUUGAUUCCAGAACAAUUCAGUUUAAAAAAGGUGAUGGAAUCAUGGACGAAUGCAUCCGGUUAUCCAGUGCUGAACGUUCACCGUCUAUACAACGCUGGUAGCAUCAUACUCUCACAGGAACGGUUCCUAGCCGAUGGACGACUCCCCAACGAUCACGUUUGGUAUAUUCCCUACAAUUAUGCCAAUUCAAGUUCUCCAGGAGACAGCAAAGUCCAAUGGCUGACCGAAAAGGCCGCUAAAAUCACAACCAGCACCGCAAACAAUCAGUGGAUUGUUUUCAACCGCGAACAAUUCGGAUACUACCGGGUAAACUACGAUCAACGGAAUUGGGAGCUGAUCAUUGAAGCAUUAUCAACUGGUCCGAAUAAUCCCAUUCAUCACGACAAUCGCGCACAGUUAAUCGACGAUGCCUUCCACCUUGCCCGUUCGGAGAGCCUGGACAUGGCCAUAGUGUUACGGUUGCUGUCCUGUUUACGUCUCGAGGUCGCCUAUGUUCCCUGGGCCGCUGCCAACAAUGUCCUGAAUUAUUUCUAUGGUAAACUACGCGGUACUGAGCACUAUCUUGGUUUCGAGAAUUUCGUUAGUGAAAUUGUUUCCGACGUGUACGAUAUAUUCCUGGUGGAUGAUGUAACAGAGAACGAAUAUACGAUCACCAAGUACUUUAAACAAAUCAUCGCCAGUUGGGCCUGCCGGAUGGGACUGAAGGAUUGCCUGAGUAGAAUGAACGCACGGUUGAAACUGGAGGUCGAAACGGCGAUGACCGUUCACCCAGACGUUGUCGCCACUGUAUAUUGCUACGGUUUACGCAACGGAACUCAUGGAGAGUUGUUAUUUUUGCUCGAAAAACUAUUCUCUUCGAAGAACCAAGCACAACGAUCUGAUAUUAUCACGGCGUUGGGUUGUACCAAGGAUGCUCAAAGUGUGAGGGAGCUGCUGUCGGUGGUUCAGUCUACCUCGCGGAACUUCUUAUCAACUGAGAGGUCGCAGAUUGUGGACGCAAUUGUUGCGGGUGGACGGGAGGGCAUUGAUGUGAUGGUGGAAUAUUUAAUGACGGUAGAAAACGCACAGUCAUUGAAAAACACUCUUGGAGAAGAAACAUUCAGCAAUAUAAUUCUGAACAUCGCCGGUCACACCAAUACUGUCAAUGAGCGAGAGUCGUUGGGAAAACUGUUGACCGGGUUAAAGGGAAUAAUUACCGAACAGACGGUGGAGGCUGCAGGGUUGAAGCCGAAGGCAAACGCCGGAUGGUUCGAUAGUUUGGAAGGUCUUGUAACGGUUGAGUUCUUUGACAGAUACGCUAACAAAGUGCUUUGAGUGCUGAUAUAAAAUUUAAGUCUGAACAAGUUUCUAAUACCCUUUUAAACACGUACAAACUUUAUUGAAAAAAAAAAAAACAACAGAUUUUCCUAUUUUCUGCAUGGAAUAUUUCACAUACUGUUGAAAUCACACCAAACGCACUUCUGAAACGCGCAACUUUAGUAUCACUUAAUUACCACGAAGAAGCCCUGGAAGAUCACGUCUCAAAAUAUUGCGAUUCAAUGCGGUUUCCGUUUUCACAUUCGAUUGAAUAAUAAUCUUAAUCUAUCCAUCUAUCUAUAUAUAUAAAAAUGGAUUUCUGUCUGUCUGUCUGUUUGAUUCUUAUGGACUCCAAAACUACUGAACCGAUCGACAUGAAAAUUGGUAUGUAGGGUUUUUUUGGGCCGGGGAAGGUUUUCAUGAUAGUUAGAGACCCCUCCCCCCUCUCUAAGGAGGGGCUGCUAUACAAAUGAAACACAAAUUUCUACACUACUCGAGAAUUAAUCAAGCAAUGAAACGAAAUUUGGCAUGUGGAGGUUUUAGGGUGCAAUAAAUGUUUCUCUGGUGGUUAGACACUCCACCCCCCUCUCUAAGUGGAGGUUGCCAUACAAAUGAAGCACAAAUUUCUGCAUUACUCGAGAACUAAUCAAACAAACGGAACUAAAUUCGGUAUGUGGAGGUUUUAUGGGGAAGCAACAUUUCUAAGGUGGUUCGACACUCCUCCUCCCUCUCUUAGGGUGGGCUGUCAUACAAAUGAAAAACAAAUUUCUGAAUAACUCGAACACUAAUCAAGCAAAUGGAGCCAAAUUUGGCAUGUAAAGAUUUUGGGGGCCACGAAACGUUUCUAUGGUGAAUAGACACUCCUCCCCCCCCUCUAAGGGGUGAAGAGGAGAGGGGUCUGUUUUUAUUCUAUCAUGUUUCCUGUAUCAAACAUUUAUUCCAUGUAACGGAGAAACAUGUUAUUUGCAAGUGGUUCAAAAAUCUUGA